AAAAGGAAAUGAGGUAGCCAGAGAGCCAAAUUCCUCUUCGUGGAAGUAGUUGAGAACCAAAUUUAUGGUACGGUUGAUGGCUUUAUGUUCCAAGAACGUUAAACGGGCUGCAAAGAAGCUGAAAGCCUUCCUGAGUGACAUCGCCGCGAAGUCACCGAGGUUCCAUUUACCGACCAAGUCGACGCUCAGGACGAUGAAGCCGAAGAAGCUGCUGAAAACCAUCAGCAACAAGGUGAUCAUGUUUACGCACAGGAAGAAGAAGGGCGAGAGCGACGAAGAGGAGGAGUUCGGGGACAGUGGGGUAUGGGCCUUUGGAAGAGGGAGAUCAUGAUGGGGGACAAAUGUCAGUCGUUGGAUUUCUCCAA